AUGAUGCCCUUUCUCGAUGCUGUAUCAACCCACCUUCCACCUGAGCUCUCUCAAUCGCUACAACUACUCCAAACAACAACGUCAGACGCGUCAUCAACCCUUGACACUCUUAUUCGUUUCGUUGUUGGUGGAGAUGCACCUCAACCAGAGACACAAACUACUUGGGCAGAGUCUCAAUCAAAAGCCUGUGCUGUCAUAUCGGAGCUUGUCCGUCAGAAUAGCCGGGCUGGCGGCAAACGACCCAGAGAAGGGGACACGGACGAGAAGAAUGGCUCUGAAGCAAAACGACAAAGGACCGAAGUCGGGAUUGACAACGGAACGCCUGUUUUUACUCUAUCCGCUAUUUCUGCCAACUCUCCUGUCAGAAGAAAAGUCGAUAUCACGAUAUACAGCUCUUCUGUGGUGUUAACGAAUGCUUCCACUGGUGUUGUCGAGUCGUCCAUCCCACUGGGUGUCCUCAAACGUGCUUUUCUUCUCCCCACGCGGGGAAAGAUGAAACCUCAUUGGACAGUCGUUGUCUUAUCGACUGACUUGACGGACGCGAGCAACAAGAAGGAAACCAAGGACGCAUCUCCUCAAAUCAUCUUUGGCAUCGAUGCAUCCGCAUCAGCCGCGGUGAAAUACACAACCUAUAGUGGACUAGAGGCAACGGCUCAAGUCACAACGCUCAAAUCCGGUAUACCCACGCGUGACCUCCUGCUAGACUUUAUUCGCCACUUAGGCUUACAAGUUCUCGAGCCAACAUCAGCGGUAUUCAAGAGCGCGUGUCCCGGCAUUGCAGUUAGUGCCUCUGAAGGCGGGGUUCCUGGGGUUGAGGCUUAUCGUUCUGCCAAAGUUGGCUCACUCUGGUUCAUGCAUGACGGAAUUCUGUGGGGCGAGAGCAAACCCUGUGAGUUUUGGGCGGUGUCUGAUUUGAUCGCAAGAGAAACUGCCCUACGGCUCAUCAGCGCCACGGGAAGGACGUGUACACUGGUGAUCACGCGAAAGAGCUCAACGGAAGAACUGGCCCUGUUAGAGGGGGAUGAAGAGGAACCGGCUGUAGAGACUGCGUUGACCAUGAUUGACGGGCGAGAGCAGGAGGGUAUAAAUAAGUGGGUCAGGGAGCACCGGCACUUAUUUGGCAAAGAACCGACUGCGACUCUUGACGCAGCGGCCUUGUUGGUCCAAGACGACUCGGACGAAGAUUCCGAUUUCGAACAAAACGAGGAGAGCGAUGGCGGCUCGGCGUUUGACGAAUCAGAUGACGACGACGACUCGGACUCGGAUGAUGCAGAGACGGUUAGCGAGGAUGGAGAAGGAGAACAAGACGGAGAAGCAGAUUCAGAUGAUAAAGACCAAGAACUCCGACCAGAAAAUCACCCAUUAAUGCAGCCUGGUGCUAUGCCACGAAUGUCGCGCGCUGCGAUUGACAUGGUUGCGGCGAUGGUAACAGGCGAUCUCCUUGGAAGUGAUGAAGAAGCGGAGGGAGAAGACGAGCUCGAUGAUUGA